AUGGCUCGUCAGGGAGACGUAGCCGAAGCAAGUGAGGCCACAACUCCGAUCACACUGAAGGACAAACGAAGGGUGAGCGCAAAUGGAGGCUCGGAUGUUGAAGAGAAGACGAAGCCAAGCCAGUUGGCAGCCCUCAUGUCCAAGCUGGGCCUGGACGUGGGCACUGUCAAAACCAUGCUCAAGGGGUCGCUUCCCCCGACAAUCGGCAUCGCCAUGCUGCAGGCGCCGCCCGUCGCAGCAUACUUCACCACUUUUGGCUACCUCGUGCCCAUCAUCAGUGUGCUUGCUAUGGCCGUCAUGCCCAGGGGCAAGUUCAUGAUGAACCUCCUUCUGAACGCCCUCGCCGUCUGUGUUGGCUCGGCCGUCUCCAUGCUCGCCCUCUGGUCCGCAAUUCAAGCGCGAAACAACACCACGCCGCCGGGAUCCCCCCCAAGGGCAUACAGCUCGAGCCAGUCGGCAGUCUGCGCCGUCUGGCUCUUCGCCAACAUCUGGUUUGGCAACGUCGUGCGCGCCAAGUUACCCGCCUUCAACCUGCCAGUUAUCACCUACAGCAUCCUGGUUAACAUCUCGGCAACAUUCGGCCCCCUCAUGACGACCACCGCCGCCGCUCACGUCUUUGUCCAGCAGUUGCUGACAGCCAUGUUGACCGCGCUCGCCCUGGCCUUGGGCGUGAACCUGCUAGUGUUCCCCGUGAGCAGCCGCUUGGUAGUCUUCAAAGAGCUCGCUGGGGCCAUCGGACUGAUGAGGCAGCUGGUCUCUCUGCAAAAGGCGUACCUUGCAAGUCUGGAACCGGACGCCGCAUUCGAUGCCGCGAUGGACACGGAAACGUUUCUGACAAUGGCUGAAGGAGGGACGCCCCAGGACCAUAACGAACCCAGGCCCACCAAAGAUGCUGAGGCAGCGAAGGCGCUGGAGGAAACGGCAGCCAAGAUGAGAGAGCUCUCGGGCAAGCUGCAUGCCGACCUGCCGUUCGCUAAGCGUGACCUUGCAUGGGGCAAGCUGGAUGCCAAAGACCUGAGCGAGAUGUACAAGCUGUUUCGCAAUGUCUACAUCCCAGUGCUUGGAAUGAACACCAUCAUUGACAUUUUUCAGCGUUUCUCUGAGCGUCCGGAUUGGGACAGCACGGACGAAACGCCCAAUGGAAAGGACGUCGAGAGGCACGUGUGGAACGAGGUCAUGAGACAGCUGCAAGAGCCAUUCGAGAUCCUUUCUGUGGCGAUUGAUCAAGGCCUCGAGCACGCGGCAAUGUGCCUGGAGCUCAUCCCAAGGCCCAAGAAGGUAACCGGCAAAGCAGGCAAGCCAGGCCCGAACACUUCCGACAUCGAUAUCGAGGCACAGCAACAACCCGAACCCGGUAACCCUGGCUUUGCAGGAGUCCUUGACAACAGAAUACAGGCCUUCUACUCGAGGAAGGGAGAGCUGCUCAAGAAGUGGGUUCAAGAGAGGGGCAUCAGCCUGGACGAAAACAUCUCAGACCAUCCAUAUUUUCGGAGCGAGCGAGAUCAGGUACAGCUCUACAUUAUUCUCUACAUGGAGAACUUGAUGCACGCAUCAGGCGAGGCAGUCCAGGAUCUGGUUGACUUUGCCGACGAGAAGAUCGAGGAUGGGACCAUGUCCAAGAAGCGGCUCAUUGCGCCCACGCUCCACCGCUUGCGCAAGUGGUUUAUAGCUGUCUUGAGCGAUGAGGACGCGUCGGCCGAACAGACACCCGACGCCAUGGAGGCCGGUGCAAACUUUGUCUCGUUUGGAGGUAACUACAAUCGGAAGAAAAACCCUGAACAUCUGCCUCCCGAGACAGCGUGGCAGCGUUUUGGGAACGGCCUACGAAAGAUCAGCAAGUUCUUCGGGUCCCAGGAGUCCGCCUUUGGAUUCAGGGUGGCGUGUGCGACCAUGACAAUCGGGAUUGUGGCGUUCUUGGAGAACACCCAGAGGUUCUUUAUGGAGCAGAGACUGGUUUGGGCGCUCAUCAUAAUAACCAUUGGGAUGACCAUGACAUCUGGUCAAUCCUUUUUUGGCUUCCUCUGCAGAGUUGGCGGCACGAUCGUUGCCAUGUGCCUCUCACUAAUCAUCUGGUACAUUGUUGGUGGCCGGAUCCCUGGAGUCAUCGUCUUCUUGUGGCUCUCCCUGUUCAUCAGCUACUACUUCUUCGUCAAGUUGCCGCGCUUCCUCCCAGCCAUCUUGAUAAUUAUUAUCACGCAGGUUCUUAUCAUUGGCUACGAGCUCCAAGUGCUCGCCAUCGGCAAAGCCGCCGCAGAGCGGACCGGCCAGCCGUUCUACCAGACGUACCUGCUGGCGCCAUACCGCGUUGCCUGUGUCGCUGGCGGCAGCCUAGUUGCUUUCUUCUGGACCAUUUUCCCAUCGCCUCUCACAGAUCGCACUUGGGUGCGUCGCGACCUGUCCGCAACCCUGUACCUCAUGGCCAAUUAUUUUGGCGUCAUCAGUUCCAUGCUCAAGUCAAACGUCCAUGGCACAGCGGGCGAUGUCAACGUGCCUGGAACACCGGCCCACCAGCUAUUCAAGGCCGGCCGCAAGAUAUUCGGCAAGGUCAUGAUGUUGAUACCAUCCAUGUCCCAACACUCGGAGUGGCAGAAGUGGGAGCCCACAGUUGGCGGCAAAUUCCCGCGUGACGCCUACAAAGACAUCCUCAAACGCAGUACCCGCAUCAUGGCAUAUCUGACUCUGGCGAGUUACACUAUGAUGCACCCCACGCGUGUGCGCUUCAAUUACGGCGAGCAUAUCGACGAGAGGCAUGCGUGCCGCCCGCAUCCGCGAGGCGCUUCUCAAUCCCUACAUUCCCGCUCUCGCGAUCCCUCAGUGUCUACCACGAACCGCGAGUGGAUGAGCGCGUUGGCCGAAUUCAUCGACGUUCUCAAGCCCACCCACCACACCAUUCUAUCCACCCUCACCCUCCUUUCCAACUCGCUUCUCUCGGGCCAGAGCCUGCCCCCAUUCCUGCCGCUCCCACGGCCAUACGAGAUGACCCGCCAACUGAUGCGCCUGCGCCGUUCCGCCCUUCCCGUCACUAACAUGGAUGAGGACGACGACGGCGACGACGACAUGAGCGACGGCGCGCCCAUCAGGAUGGUCGAUACCCGCACCGGACUUGACGACUACGCCACCACCAAGCGACACGGCCGCGCGCGGCGGAACGCUGCCGUGGCGAAUAUCCUGGAUCCCCGGAACAUUGAGCAGCCGGGCUAUGCCGAGUUCGCGGUGCUUCAGAUCUGUACCGUCCUGGUGUGUGGUGAUUUGGAGGCGUUGCUGACGGCUGUGAGCGGGCUUGUGGGGGUGGUGGAUUUCUGUUUUAGUUUUAUUGAGAGUGAUUCGAGUUUGGAUAUAGGGAGGACGGAGGGGAAGAGCAAGCGUCAUUAG